UGUCGAGCGAUGGCGGAGGAGCUGGAGGACAAUGCAGCAGGGCGGAAGGUAUGAUUCUCGUAGAUUACGCGAGAUGGAGCUUCAAUCGGGCAGAGCGGCUGCCUUGGCGAGCCGGAUGAGCGCCGCCGGUGGUGGAUUUUCGAGCAUGAGAUUAGUUCUUGGGCACAGAGAUUUUGCGCUGCUUGGGCAAUGCGGCGUCUCAAUCGGCCGCGGCAGGAAGAGGAUUGACAGGAAGUAUGGGUGCGAUGGCGUAGCCGGUAUUAGCAGUGCAUUGUCCAUGGAUUGGAGGCCAGCAUUCGAUGAAGUGCUGCUCAUGUCUAGCGUGCUACUUGCUUAUGUUGCUGGUGUUGUGAGACCUUUUGCGGGGCUCACUGGGAAGAAAGCGUUGGAGCUGCCGGUUUCUACUGGAUCCAUUGCUGAGAAUGAUCAGCAGAAGCAAAUUCGUGUUAGCAACAGCGACUUCGUGUGGGAUACUAUGAGCCGAAAGCUCGUCGAGGCCAUUUCUACAGUGGAGGCUGGCGCCAUGGACGUUUCCUCGACGCCACUUACUUCCAAUCCAUCACUAUGCUUGCAAGCGCUAGCUUAUGGUCCGAGGCUCCGGCUCCUUCUGGCAGCGCUGUCGCUACUACGCAACGAGGCUAGCAGCAGGGAGAUAUCCUUGGAGGACGUAUGUAGCAUGGUUGGGCCUGUAUGCAGGCUUUGGAUCUCCCAGGAAUUAAGAAAGACUGAAAAGACUUCAGCAGGCUACUUUUCAGGCAGCAUGAUCAAGACUGAGGAUUUAAGUGGCGACGUAGAAACUGAAGCCAAGGAGUAUAUGUCAACACGCCUUCAAAGAAGCGGAAAAGCCAACCUUUACGCUGAUUUCCUUUAUCACCAAUGCAAAAAGUCAUUCAGCUCGAGAACCUUUUCUGAUCAGGCCGUGUCUACCAAUCUUGCAAACAAUGUCCUAGAGGAUAUCGUGAUAGCUAUUUCUGACGGGGCAGCUGCUAUGUAUCUGGGAGCCGUUUCUGGUGUUAUUACGGGCUGGCCGACAUUACUGCUUCCAUCAAUCUGCUCUACACGGAGCCUUGAAAGAUUUCGAAACGAGGUGGCAUUGUAUCAAUGGAUUCAUUACAACUUCGACUCUGUUGCAGCCAUUUACGAAGACCGAGUGGAGCUAUGGGGACUCACUGCGAACGCAGGCAAGAACGAACCUGCUGCAAAUAAAGCUCAGAAAAAACAGAAGAGAAAACCACUCGAAGGUGUUGACGAGCUGUAUUUUGAUCGCUUAAGCGUUCGCGUGAGAAGGAGCAAAGAACUGAAAGCUCUAUCUGGAUGGAGGUACUAUUACAGCCUGUACAUGGAAUUCUCUGACGUUGUUGGUCCCCUUCUGCGAAUACUGGUGACGAAACUGGGACAAGGUCUGUCGUUCCUGCUCGUCUGCCUUAUAGGCAGAUCGUUUGGACUCAUUUACCAGGGAAUAAGGCAGAGUGUGAAGUGGUCUUCAGACUGAUUUCAUUGCUUAAAGAAACUCGUGAAUUUUUUA